AUGAAGUUUUCUGCCACCGUUGUCCUGGCUGCCGCCAUGGGCGCCUCUGCUCACCCCAGUCGCCACGCUCACCACAACGCUCACCGUUCAGUUGUGGGCCGCGAGUUCGUCAUGGCGCAGAGGCCUUCUCCUCCUGCUCCGGCCGCCACCACCGUCGCCCCGUCUCCCUCGGCCCCUGACGUGAGCGCCGCCUCGUCCAGCUCCGCCUCUACUAGCCCUGGCUCCGGCUUCAAGCCCUUCUGCGGCGGUAACAAGAAGCGCGCCACCCUCGCCCAGAUUGCCUACGCCGGCAACACUGGCGGCUCCGGCAAGUACGGCUGCAACAUCAUGCAGAUUGACUCGAGCGCCGCUUCCUCGUACGACUACACCAUGAAGUUUGUCAACAACGGCGGCUCGGAGGAGGCCUGCACCUGCUGGAACAAGAUUGGACCCGAUGGUGGCAUCAACGGCUUCUUCAAGAACAACCAGGCUAUGGACUUUAAGCUCCCCGCCAACGGCGAGGCCUAUGUUGCCGUCGACGGCAACUCGCAGAUUGGCUGCGCUUGCGGGCCCGGCGAGGUUCCUACCACCUUCUUUGGCCAAUUUGCCAGCACUUGGGUCGAGGCUGACUUUGGCAACGAGUCCAACAACAAGUGGUCCGGUUUUGACGCCUCGGCUCUUGUCUCUGCCGCGAAUGGCCUCGAUAUCCCGGCCCUCAAGGUCUGUGACGACAAGACCUGCUCUACCAUUUUCAAAGGUGGCAAGGGCGAUAACGCCUACGUCGGUGGCAUGGAGGCAGACGAUGGUGUCGGCGGCAAUGUCGCGCCCGGCCCUCUGGCCUUGACCGUCACGGUCAACUAA